UAUCACGGUAUCACAAAGUAAUCACAAAAUAAUUUGUUGCUGCCAAUUUUAUAAAAUUUUAAAAAUAUGUGCGUUGCUAUACGCACAAAAAUUUCCUAACAAGGCAGACCUCGACAAUCAUGUUGUGCAGCCAUAAGGAGUUCAGGCUUUAUACAGUACGCAGCAUUGAGCACAGUUUUUAAAAUUUCACGUGUAAUUUCCAAAAAAAAUCUUCCACAAUUGCUCCCAUUAUUCAAUAUUUGUAACUUGAAUCGAUUUGGUGUGGAUAAUACAAUGUCGAAGAGGGACAGAGCCUAUGCGCAGGCAGAAGAUCGGUGGCUCAGCGUCGUAUUGUCGACCAGUGGCAUAGUGGAACGACCAGGCCCACUGGGCGAGGAAGUGGACAAUGAAGAACGAGCGCAUUUUAGCCGGGAACAGACCGCGAAUGAGCAGCAGCUACUGGAUCCCGCGGUGGACAGCCUGCUGCACGUCAUCUCCGACGAUUCGGAGAUAUGCAGUCUCAUAUCGAGCAGCGAUGGCACCGACUUCCAGGGCUGGCCUGAUCAGGACGAACCCUCUACAGUGGAGGCCGUAGAACCACAACUAGUCUACGGACUCUGUCGCACAAUGCAAUCACAGGCCGAAGAUCUACAAUCUGCAUCAUACUCGGCCUAUACGCCACCCAAGCGUCCGCGAAUGAGCGACGAAAUAAUCGAGAUCAAUGAUUCUCCAGAGGCAGCCACAGACUCCGGCGUGGUCUUUAUGCAAUCGGUUUCCACAAAUCCCGGGGUUUUGCUCACCAACGGCAGCCUUGUCGAGUCUCAUCUGACAGAAGUGUUUGAGAUCCUUCCGCACACCGAGGAGCAAGCUCUCCAAAUGGUUGACCCGAACGUCGAGCAGUGUGUUGUCUACGAAGACGUGGACGGCGAAAUCGUCCUGACCGAAGAGCACUGCUGCGAAAUAAUAGUCUCGACACAGAACGAGCAGGAGCUCCCCAGGGCCUUCCUUAUGUCCGGCCACGGAGCUCUGCUCCGCCAUAAUCUGAAUGGCUCGGGAUACAUCGAUGGCGUGGCAGGAGAUGAGGAUGAGGAAGAGACGCGUAUGGAGGCCGGCAACAAUGUUUAUCUCAGCGAUGCGGCUCUGGACCAGCCGGUGGUCCAUCACCAUGAGCUUGUCGAAGAAGAUGAAGUCGAGGACGAGGAGGCGCAUAACGACAAUGAUAAUGAGAAUGCUAACUUUGUCGACGACAGUCCGCUGGAAGAAGAGCGCCCCGACAUCUGUCAGGUGUACGACCACGAGUUGGAAGACCACGACAAUGAGGUGGAUGAAGAGGAUGAGAUCCAGCAGGGGCACCAUCAUCAUCAUCAGCUACAUUUGGGGCAGGAGCUUCCCCUGGAGCAUGUCCCAGAGAUGGACACAGAGCAGUCCCAGCAGCCCAUUGUAAUUAGUGACAUAGAGGAGGAGGAGCAGCCUGAGCCUGAGCCCGAGGCUGAACACAGCAGCCCCACACAGUUUCCCAAUAGCUCCUCGUCCACGCCCAAUGGCAGCGACAACUACCACUAUGAUGACGAUCUGGGCGACGACGAUCGGCCAAGGAAAAUGCAUCCGGCAAAGCGCAAGUAUCCUCUGCUGAAGAACACCCUUUUCUCGGAGGGCAUGGACCGGCGGCUGGCCACCAUCUGCCAAGCCCAGCCGCAGAUGAGUCUCAGCGAGAAGGUUGAGACCUGGGAGACGGCCACCACCCAUGACUGUGAGGCGGUCGAGGACGUGGAGAACUUCCAGGCCACCUUUGAGCAGCACGAGGCGUCUAAGGACCACAAACAGGAAACUUUCAUCGAGUUCCGCGAGACACUGGCUCGCAAUAUGGAAAAGAUCAGCCGCCAACUUAUGCAGAGUCCAGACGAAUCGCCAGCGGACCAGGCCAUUCAGCGACGCCAGCUAAAUGUGCUGCCCACAGAGGAUACCAUUAUUCUGGACGAUGACGAGGACGAUUGCUACGAGGUGGGCAGGGACAAUCCAUCUGUGAUCACACUCACGCCGGAGGAUGAAUUGCCGGCACUCAACUUGCAGGAGGAACAGCAGCAGGAAGAUUUCAAAAUGGCCCCGGACAUGAAAACAAUUCAAACGCAGACAUCGGUGCAGAGACUGGCCACAAAAGAGACUUCCACUGCAGAUCUGGCACCGCUGGCUGUGGCGUCGGUAUCCACUGCCUCCGCAGAAUCUGCAGCGGCAGCAGGGGCUUCCGAAGUACAGGGAAUGAAUGCCAUGCCUGUUGCCAUGAUUUCCACGGAAACUGAAAGUGAUUGUAAGCUGGCGAAUGUUGUCUUUGGCAUGAUGCGAAAGGGUGGUAAAAAACGGCAACAGAUGCUACUGCUGGAGCAGCAUCAGCAAAAGCAUCCUCGCUAUCAGGAGCAGCAUCCCCAUCCCACAUCGGAUGUGUCCCACAGCAUGAGGACUGAACAGAAUGAUGCCGCCUUUGGCGAUUGUCCCAACGAUGCCAUGUUCUACGAGCAGCAGGAGUUCUGCAACUAUCUGGGACUCACGGAAAUGUCCACGGCCCAUGCAGUGGCCACAGCAAUGCGGGAGCUGGCCAACAGCACGAUGGCUCGACGCUCCCUCAGAGUGCGGACGCAGGAGCAGCUGGACAGGAUGCGGACCGAUGUGCGCGGCAGGCGAAAGGUGAGAAAGCAGCACAGUGAGCAGAGCACAGAAGGACAAGCCGCCGCUGCAGCCACUGAAGAGCAACGUCAGUCCACCCAAACGUACGACCAAUACUAUGAGGCACAGGGCGAUCGGCCAAUAGCCUCGGAGGACGAGGCGGAGGAUGGAGAUGCUGACAAUAGCUGCUCAAAGUCUGAAUUGGUGGAGGCGGCCUUUGCUCAGGUCCAUGCCGCUGCCACACCCACCCAGGGCCAGUUGCCGGAGACCGUGCAGCAGCAGAAACAGGAGGAUAACAGAUGCUCCAAGUCUGAACUGGUAGAGGCGGCCUUCGCCAAAGUCUAUGCUGCUGCCGCCCCGGCUCGUGAAGAUCUGCUGGAGAGCAUGCAGAAGCGCCUGCGACAGGCGCGUGAGACAAAGCCAUCCAUCUACAUUGUCCAAUCAAUGAGUAAUGCUCCGCCAGUGUCGCUGCCAGUGGAACUACCAGAGGCACUACCAGGGCCGCGUACGCGAACGCCUUCUCCCACCCGCCACGUCGAGACUGCAAACUACGGCGGUCCGCGUCCCUCUCUGGAGAGCUCCAGCCCAUACAGAUCCCAGACGAAACACAAUCGAAGGCCGACCAAAACCCAAGCGCAAGCCUCCAAGUCUCCCCGAAAGAGCCAGGCGGAAAGCAGGAAGCCAAGAGCUUCGGUGGGUGCAUCGUCCCCUACUAAAGCUGUCCGGGACCUGGUCACACGCUCCACCACGCACAUGAACUCGAAGCUGCUGCGCAAUCGAAAGGUCAGCCUUUUGAAGAGCUAUGCCCUCUCGGAUGCGGAUGCGGGCAGGGGCAAACGUCUGAGCGGCGGCAAUGCCAGAGGAACAUCAGCCAAGAAGUCGGCCAAAGGCGCGAAAAAACUAACAGCGGAGGCCGCGGAGGCUCUGGAGAAGAUGUCGCCCGAACAGCAUCGUCUCAAGCAGCAGCAAACGGCUGUUUCUCCACCGAAAUCUCCCACAAAGACGUCAGGAAAGGGCGCUAACGCUUUGCUGGGAGAUGCUGGAGGUAAACUCCCAAAGAGCCACAGGCGUGCGCGAGCCCACACUAUGCCUGGGCCUGGAGCAUCUGUUCCAAAAUCAGCGUUUAAACCUUUUCCUGUUGACCAGUUUCCCAGUUCUCUCCAUGUUCCUGCUGAUCCUCCUCAUAUCAAGGCCUUGGUGGAGGGUUCCCAAAAGUUUUUAGAAAAACAUGCACGUACUUCCCCAGCUAAAGACCUUGUAGAUGAAUAUUCGUUCAGUGUUCGCAUGUGUGCUAGACAACAGGAGCCACUGUUGGAUCAGCAGAUCCAGCUGCAGCAGCAUUUCAUGCAGGAUUACCCUCCCUAUAGCCAAUAUACAAAUAGUUCAAGCUAUUCCCAUGCUCAUGGCCAGUAUGCACCUUUGGCCAAGCCCGUCCUGGUCUUACCGCCACUCAGCAGAACAGAAGCCGGACACAAGGCGAGUGAGCAGGAUCUACAUUUCUCGCGUCGUCGGCCUUCGCAGCAAGCUGAAAAAGCUGGGGUUGCUGGGUCAUAUAUGGAUAUCAAUCAUACCCUUCCACCAGGGGGCAUGCUCCGACUCAGCGAUGGAUCUCGUAUGCUAAGCAACCCGCUGGCGGGCAAACACGGCAAGGUGUUGUACAUCUACUAUGAGCUGGACCAGCUGAUAGUCCUGCAGGAGCACCGCGUCAGCUUCUGGAAGUACUCGAAGGUCUUCAAUGUCUUGCACAAGCCACACACGCCGUACUCCACAUCGGCAUCGGAGAAUAGAGCCGCGAGCCACUCCGCACUUCCAGGCCAAGACGAACCGAAAGUCACAGAAUCUGAGCACUCCCAUACAUAUGAGGACUUUGAACGAGGCCCGCGUUGGGUGAAUCUGGGAAAACUGAGGCGCAUCACAAAUGACAACGAGAUCUUUGCACCGUUUGGGAACAGACUGUGCGUGCACAACUCAACGCCUGUGUACCUGGAGAUGCGCUGCCAUCCGCUGGACCACCACAAGCGAGAAGUAACGCUGACGUCGCUGUAUGUGAACGUUUACUACUACUGCGAGGAGGAGUUGCGCCCCAAGAUGCAUUCUGUGCAUCUGGAUGCGGUUAGCUGUGACGGGUCCCAUGUGAUUUUCACAAGCAUUGCAGAGUCUCGGUACUUUGUGAUGGCCUGGCAGCAGGAGGUGGUGAUGGGUAAGCCACGCUCGGGCAUCUGUAAGUACUCGCUGACCCCCACGCUGGACACGCUGGCCUCAAUACGCGAGUUCAAGCAGCUGCGGCACGAACUGAAGCACAUUGAGUGCCUGACGGAGGAUCGCCUAAUUGGAUAUGGACUGACGCGCAUCACGAUCUGGGACCAUCGCAGCGGGGACACGCUGAUGAACUACGACCUGGGCUGCCCGCUGGGUCACAGUCUGGCCGCCAUGCAUUAUCCCAGCUUCGACAUGGACCAGAGCAGCAUGCUGGUCCUCUAUCAGCACAUCGAGUCGCAGCAGUCGGACAAGCCCUCCGAGAUGCACGUGAUUGCCUGCGAGCUGUCGCAUGCGACGCCCUCGCAUCGUCUGCUUCAGGUGCACCGCCUGCCAACGCCUCAGUUUAAUGAGCACAUACAGGCCGUCAACACCGGGGAUCACCUCAUCAUCAAGGCCGCCACAGGCGAAGAGAUUUGGAUAAGUUCCGCCGAUCCCAGGCAGUUGACGUACGUGGCACCGCAGGGCAAUGGUUCGCAGCGGUUCUAUGCGCGCCACAAGUCUCAGGUUAUCGAAAUGGCGCCGCGCACCCUCACCGUGGACAGCAUCGCCAAUCACAUGCUACAACUGGCCGUUCAGCAGCAGCAACAGAUGAUGAACAGCAGCCAAUCGACCAUGCCUGAUUUUGCAACUUCCUCUGCUUCAAUCCAGUCCAUGCCCGUACCAGUAUGAACCGAAAGAGUGUCUCUUCUGCCCUUCGCCCAAGUUCUGUAUCAAUCCGCCUGUCCGUGUUCCUUGUGCGACUUGUGUCUCUCACCAGAUACGACGAUACGUUGAUGGCGUCUAAAUCUAAAUGUAAUAUUCAUAAAUCCCACACACGUGCACCCACACUCACUCGUACUUUUGUACAUCAAAUAUAUUGAAGGUAAUAUCGGAUACAGCCCUUGGGCGACGCUACACGUUUAUUAAAUUACCCCAAGCCCGGAA